GUAAACACCAGAGGCAUAUUUGAAGUCGAUUAUGUAUUCGACUUAAAAACUAAAAAUAGAUAUUUUCUUCAAAUAACUGAAAUCAGACGAAAAAAUAGACAUUUAGAUUCUCUUGACGUUGUCUUUCCCGUUUUCCUUUUUCGUUUGCAUGGGCCGUAUACGGCCCAAUGUACUGGUAAUUGUUUAACUACAAUUAAAAUAAAAUGUCAGCUCCUAGUAAUGUGAUGCUUAUUAUAGUUCGGAUAAGGUAGUCAUUUGUUUUACACGGCUUUCUAUUUGCUGUAAAAUUAGAGUUCUGUAUAUGAAGGUAUAAUUAGCCAGUGUGUAACUUCAAGAAGCAAGAAUACAUAAAGAUCGAUGCUGUGUUAUUUCUACAAAGCUCACUAAUUUUGACCACUGCCUAGAUCGUUCAAAAUAUGAUUCUAACUGAAAAGCUUUUUUAAAUAUUUGGACAGAUGUUUACUUUAUUUAUUCACAUGAACUAAAUAUUUCCUCGGAUACGUUCAACUUUCUGUCUGGUAUAAUUAACGUAAUAAAGUGGCAAGUUAGUAAUGAAAACUAGUUACUACAACUAAUGAUAACACCCAGAUCUUAUACUUGCUACCAGCAGCAUUUUGGAAACGGUCUGUGAGUAGAACUGCUGACCAAGCCUAUUAAUCCGUCUGAAAAUGUCUUUUUUAAAAGGAGGAUGGUCAACAUAAAAACCCAUACUCGCUCAUCAAAAUUGACUUUGCUAACCAGUGUUUUUACGACGCUCGGACAGUUAGACGUUUAAAAUACAGUAGUCAUUUUUAAACCAUUGGUGAGAUGGUUCGUGUCUCAUUUUCAUCUGUCCCAGAUCAAACCAUAUCAUAUUAGAACAAUAAACAAGCUUUUACAACAAAUCGGUGUAUUGUAAUAAUGGUCCAAGUUUACAAGUCUUUCGUAUUUUAGAUAAUUUGUGUCUCCGUAAGGUCCUAUGUUUCCGGUUUAGAUAAUUAACACAAAGGUCUAGUUACGUCUUACUCUGAUGAAAAUCAUUAUGUAAUGACUUCAUGAAUCUAUUGUACCAGUAUGGCUAAAAUAGUUUAAUUUGUAUAAUCGAACUCUAUCGUUUGAGAUUCUCAUUCCUUACGGCUCUGUCAUGAACAGGAUCCCUGGAAAGAACAAGACCGGGAAAGACAAAAAGUAAUCCAAAUAAUCAUGCUCGUAAAGUAUGCCUUAUGUGCUAUCAUAAUUUUCUUAUACCUUACUUGUGGUGUGCAACUAGUUAUCGUUUCUUUACUUAAGUUGAGUGCAUGAUAGUACAAUAAUCGCCAAAAAACUUGGUAUAUCAUAUCAAAAUGAUGACUAUCCGUCUGAGUACCCAUGGGUGGUGUGUGCUGAUUAUAAGCAUUUUGGUUAUCUUUCUGUACUAUCUGUCGUCAUUUAAUCCUAUCGGACAUCUUAAAGGGGAAGUUACCAGUGUUCGAAGAUUGUUAACUCACUGCAUACAUCUUUCCGAAGAAGCUGGUGGUCUUAUAAAAUUUAUUAGUUUGAAGCAUAGCCUUAAUUCACGUACCAAACACGGGGGUAUGCUGAAGCGAGAGCCUCUGACAGAUGCGGACCUGGGAUCUCAUCAAAUAAUCGUGUCGGGUUUGACCUCGGCUUUUCCAGAGCUACUAGUUCGCUCCGAAGAGCAUGAAUUACCAACACACCGUCUGUUUGAUUAUAAAGAAAGUGUUUAUCAUUCGGAUUUUCAAAGUUCUCUUCCUAAUGAUGAUCUUUUUGUGCCUAUUACAGAUUUGGUAAUAUGGGUAGAUCCCUUAGACGGAACUCAAGAGUAUACAGAAGGCUUAAACGAAUAUGUUAGCGUCAUGAUAUGUAUUGUACUUCAUGAUCACCCAAUAGCUGGUAUUAUCCAUCAGCCAUUUCUUAACAAAACAUACUGGGGUUGGGGUUCAUAUGCAUUAUCAUCUGAUUUACAAAUGGCUGUAAAUUCUCGUCCUGUUCAUUCGUUAAAAAACGAUUUGUCGAUUACUUAUUCGCGUUCACAUUUAAACGAAUCAUUCAUAAAAGAUUUGACCAAACUUGUAUAUCCGAAACCAGUUCAUUUUAUACCAGCAGGUGGUGCGGGCUUUAAAGCUAUCAGUCUUAUCAAAGGAGAUGCAGAUGUGUAUAUUCACCCAUCAACUACACGUCGAUGGGAUGUUUGUGCACCACAAGCAAUCUUGGAAUCUGUCGGUGGUCGUCUUACCGGACUGCAUGGUUCUCCUCUUGGAUUUGGCUCAAAAUCUUCUCCAGGUAUACAAAGCGAAAUGGGCCUCUUCGCCGCUGCAGAUCGUGUGUUGUAUGAUAGGUGGAAUACCAAAAUUUCCGAUUUCUUUAAAACCUGAAGUUGAAUCUCAUUUCCCUACAUAAUAUCCGAAGUUGUUUCGUAUCUUUUCUAUUCGGGAAAUUAUGCGGUAAGCAUCACCAAUUGUAAAACAUAUUAUCAGCAUUACACCAAUAUAAUUCAUCUGUUUUUCCAAUCGACUCUUGUGUUUCACGACGAUAUACAUUGCUACGAUGAUAGUUUGAUACAUAUUUUCAUAAAACAAAUAUAUCU